AUGAGCUUUAAUAAGGAAUUAGAGAUAAUUAACUGGAAGGCCCAGUUUCCACAUUUGAACAAGUUUGGAUGUUGCCCAAUGAUGCUUUUUAGAGGAUUAUUGGCAUCAGCAGGGAUAAUUUUGGCUUCUUUCACCACCAACAUCAUUCUACUUUACCUCACUGCUGGAAUCAUCACAAGUCUCGGCCUAGUUGUGAAUUUCCAACCCGCUUUAAUUAUGCUUGGGUGCUAUUUUGACAAACACGACAGACCUUUGGUCAGUGGACUGGCUGCCACUGGAAGUCCAGUCUUUUUGUCAGCUCUCUCUCCAUUGCGACAAGUGCUACUGGAUCACUUUGGCUGGAGAGGUGGCUUCCUCAAUGGUGGACUGCUUCUUAACUGCUGUACCUGCUGUGGAGCAGUUAUGAGACCACCGGGGUGCAAAGUUAGGAAGAUUGCAGGGUAAAGGUGCACUCAGGAGCUAAAGGAGAUGCUGCCAUCAAAAUCUGGUCAGAGAAUAGCAGUCUAGAGAAAACUAAUAAGACAAGUCAUCAAAAAGCUUCUUGACUUCAAUGUGCUCCAUGAUGAAGGACUUAUCAUUAACUGUGCCAAAUUCACAGUCGCUCACCCUAAAUGCGGCAUACUUUUUAAUAGCUUCACUGAUGUUUGCUCAGCCAGAUGUACAGACUAGAAAGGACAAGUCAUCUUCUGUGUGUUCUUUGGUCUUUCUUACAGUAUGGUAGGUGCUCUGCAAUUUGAAGUAGUAUGUAUUACAGGAACUGGCAUGUUUUCCAGCACCCUUGGUCUGGUUUUCCUUGAACCAGUACCUGUGCUAAUUGGACCUCCUUCUGCUGGGCAUUAAGUGGAUGCUUACAAGAACUAUGAGGUGAUUUUCUACAUGGCUGGUGGGAUCACUGCUGGCAUGUUCCUUGCUGCUGCAUCUUACUGUUGCCCAAAGAGAUUGGGGAACAAGGAGCAAGCCUGCCUUCAGGAUUCUGACAUUGAGGGCAACCAUAACCAUAUUAAUAAUUAA